CGUAGGCACGCCAACCACCGCGCCGUCUGCGCUUCCGGGUUGGUUGCGGCUGUGGCCGCGACGCAGAGACAGAAGCCGAGCGGCGCCGGAAGCUCUCGGGGCUCGGGGGCUUCCGCAAGGCGAGCCCCCCUGGCGGCCGGGCUGAAAUCCUACUUCUAAGAACAAUGGCAGAAAUGUCACCAGAGGCCCCGGGGCAGCUGGUGGUUCACUCAGACACUCACAGCAACAAGGUCCUAGCCAGUUUUGAGGAUCAAAGGAAGAAAGGCUUUCUCUGUGACAUUACUCUGAUCGUGGAGAAUGUACAUUUCCGUGCCCACAAAGCCUUGCUCGCAGCCAGCAGCGAAUACUUCUCGAUGAUGUUUGCCGAAGAAGGAGGGAUCGGCCAGUCCAUUUACAUGCUGGAAGGGAUGGUUGCUGACACGUUUGGCAUCCUGCUAGAGUUUAUCUACACAGGUUUCCUGCAGGCCAGUGAGAAAAGCACAGAGCAAAUCCUGGCUACUGCUCAGUUCUUAAAAGUCUACGACCUGGUAAAGGCCUACGCAGACUUUCAAAAUAAUCUCAGCUCCCCCAAAAUGACAACGGUGAGCACGGCCGGCGUUCCGGUAGUGUUUGUUCCCAAUAAGAAAAACGAUCCCCCAAAGCGGAAACGGGGUAGACCGAGGAAAGUCAACAGUUUGCUGGAAAGGAGACCAGACCUGGCUGCAGAGGAAGAAAUGCAGCUGAGAGUGAACAACUCAGUCCAGAACAGACAAAACUUGGUGACGAAAGAGGGAGAGAGCGGCACCCGGAAUGAGCAGCUCCCAGUCAGAGAUCGGGAAGAAGCCGAGCCCGCUUGCGAGCCUGGUAGAGGGGGGGACGUACCGGCUGGAAAAGACGAGAACUGUGACCCCAAGAUCCAGGACGGGCAGGACGGCCAGAGCCGGUACAGCAAGCGGAGGAUCCGUAGGUCUGUCAAACUGAAAGAUUACAGACUUCUCGGGGAGGAGGAUGACCAAGGGUCCACCAAGAGGGUUUGUGGAAAGAGGAAGCGCUCCGGUGGCCCAGAGGCCCGCUGUAAAGACUGCGGCAAAGUCUUUAAAUACCGUCACUUUUUAGCAGUCCACCAGAGGAGCCACACAGGAGAGCGGCCUUUCAAAUGUAACGAGUGCGGCAAAGGCUUUGCCCAGAAGCACUCCCUGCAGGUCCACACGAGGAUGCACACCGGGGAGCGGCCCUACGCCUGCACCGUCUGCAGCAAGGCUCUCACCACCAAGCACUCGCUGCUGGAGCACAUGAGCCUGCACUCAGGACAGAAAUCUUUCACCUGUGAUCAGUGUGGAAAAUACUUCAGCCAGAAAAGACAGCUGAAAAGCCAUUACCGAGUUCAUACAGGCCACUCAUUACCGGAAUGCAACCACUGCCAUCGCAAAUUCAUGGAUGUGUCUCAGCUCAAGAAACAUCUACGAACGCACACAGGUGAGAAGCCAUUUACUUGUGAAAUCUGUGGCAAGUCUUUCACCGCAAAGAGCUCUCUUCAGACCCACAUCAGAAUCCAUCGAGGAGAAAAGCCAUACACUUGUGGCAUAUGUGGCAAAUCCUUCUCUGACUCCAGUGCCAAGAGGAGACACUGCAUUCUACACACAGGCAAGAAGCCUUUCUCCUGCCCUGAGUGUAACUUACAGUUUGCUCGCUUAGACAAUUUGAAAGCUCACUUGAAAAUCCACAGCAAAGAGAAGCAUGCUUCAGAGACCAGCAGUGUUUCUGGCAAUAACAAUAAUGCUGAAGAGGUCCGGAAUAUUUUACAGCUGCAGUCAUAUCAGCUGUCCGCCUCUGGAGAGCAGGAAAUCCAGCUUCUUGUUACAGACUCUGUACACAACAUCAACUUCAUGCCUGGUCCAAGCCAGGGAAUCAGCAUCGUCACUACAGAAAGCACCCAGAACGUGACUGCCGACCAAGCUGCCAAUCUCACCCUGCUCACACAGCAGCCAGAACAGCUACAGAGUUUAAUUCUCUCCACUCAGCAAGAGCAAGCCGAGCACAUGCAGAGCCUCAAUAUGAUUGAGAGCCAAAUGGAGCCCUCACAGGCUGAGCCGGUGCGUGUAAUCACACUCUCCAAGGAGACCCUGGAGCAGCUUCAUGCCCAUCAAGAGCCAACAGGGGAGCUCCAUUUAACAGCAAGCACGUCUGGUCCAACUCAGCACCUGCAGCUGGCACAGGCACCGGCCCUGUCCCCCAGCACCCGGCACCACAUGCCCCAGCCCACAGCACUGAGCCCGGGACAGAGCUGACCUGUAGCCAUGUUGCACUGGCCUGUCGUUCUCUCCAGGAACCGGCUAGAACUGGAUUGAGGGUUGCAGCUAGGCUUUCUGAGCCACUCACAGAUCUUUAGAGAGGUGUAGAAGCCACUGACGGAACACAUUCCAUCUGGGCAAGAAAUGUUCUGUUGUCUUAAAUAGUACAGGUUUGGAUUGUGUGUUUCAGUAUUGAAGAAUAAAUUCCGUUUUUAUCUACUGUAUCUCUUUAAAAAAAAAUCAGGGACAUUGAUAUAGAUGUUUCUAUAUUAAAGGUUCACAGUUAAAGAUUAA